AUGGCUGCCCUCGUUGGUUUGGCCACUGUUGUCUCGUUUCUUCUGAGCCCCGCGACGGUGCAAGCUGUUCCCAGUCCCCAAUCAAUAGGGAGUGAUUUGACAAUUCUUACGAAUAACGAUCUGUCCGGCAAUGCUAGUGUCACGCAAGCCGCCACUAUCGUUCUAAGCGCUCGUCAAUCGCACUCCAAAGCUCAAAACAGCUGCGCCGCCCUAGGAGAAACGUUAUGGAUUCCGGGAAACAACACCAAAGACCUUGGCUUCUUUCGAUACCUAGACUAUCUGAACACGACCGAUGCAAUCCCCAAAUACUGGAUAGGGAUCGGAAGCACCUCGGGAUGCAGCGCGAUAACCGCAGACGGCCGAACUGCUCCUGAGCCUUGUGACACCCGGCUACCAGCCCUGUGCUCGCAGUCCGCGCCGCUAAGCUCUGUAGGAAACGUUGAUACGGAUACCAAAUGGCAGACGUCGGUAACGACAGGCAACACGACAAUCGUAGGAUACCGCGACAAGCUUUCCUUCCGCUUCCUGGGCCUGAACUAUGCAUCCCAACCCGCAAGGUUCGGGUACUCCAUGUACGAACCGCCCAGCAGCAGCGCGAACGUGUCCGCUUUAUCGUAUGGCUCAAUGUGUAUGCAGGCAGGCUGUGGUGGCGAUUUAGGACCUUGUAGCGAGGACUGCUUGUUGUUGAACAUCUGGACGCCCCAACUCCCAAGUGGCAAGACAGUGCCGGCGCAGAAGAAGGCCGUGAUGCUCUGGAUCCAUGGAGGAGGCUUCACCGGGGGUACUGGAUCUGAUACCACGUUUGACGGCGGCAACAUGGCGUCCAGAGGUGACGUCGUCGUUGUAACAAUCAACUACCGUCUGUCCACGCUCGGAUUCCUAGCCCUGGACAACACUACCCUGAGAGGAAACUACUGGCUGUCAGACCAGAUAGCCGCCCUAGACUGGGUUCAAAACCAUAUCGAGGACUUUGGCGGAGACAAGAGCAGAGUAACGGUUUUUGGCCAAAGUGCCGGUGCUGCGUCAGUCAGGGCGCUGCUUGCGUCGCCACUGGCCAAAGGCAAAUUCUCCAGGGCGAUUAUGCAAUCCUGUCCACAAGGUUCAGGUUACGCAAGCACAUUUUCGCACUAUUCGACGAUCGGGGAGGCCACGGAUUUGACGAAAGCGAUAUUGACUGAGACGGGCUGUGCACAGGCGGAUAAGUCAGUACAGCUUGCUUGCCUCCGAGCGCAGGAUCCCAUUACGCUCGUGGGCGACGCUAAUACACCUGCCAGGUAUCCGGUCGUUGAUGGCACGUAUUUGUCGAGUGAUGAACUGCCCUUGGAUGGCUCUGCUCCGGCGAAAGAUGUGGUGGUUAUGACCGGUAUUAUGCGAGACGAUGGCGAUCCUUUCAGCUCUUUCUCCACAAGUCUGAACGCUUCUCAAGCUCUCACCGAGCAGGGCUACGAUGCGGCUGAUAUCCUUGGUUCCAACCAGUUUCCUGUGCCCAAAGGCUCUAACACCACCUUAGACAUCUUCAAUCUGACAGCUCGAGUUGCAACCGAUGCCGAGUUCCGCUGUCUGACACAGUCCACCGCAUACUCAGCCGCCAAGAAUAGCGCCUUCCCAAGAGUCUAUUCGUAUGAGAUAGACCGCGGAUACCAAAUCAGCGAAUGGAGUCCCAAUCCGCCGACCUGCGAGGCGCCUGUUACUCCUGGUCAUCCGUACGGGGAUCCCAGCCAACCUUACUUUAGAUGCCACAGUGGUGAGCUGUACUACGUCUUUGGCAAUGUUAUCCGGCAAGGUCGGCCUCCGCGCGACAAGGACGACGUCCCGUUCUCUCAGUUUAUGGUUGACAGCUGGACCGCGUUUGGGAGGACGGCGGAUCCAAAUCCUGGGUUGGGCUUUCUGCGUGCGAGAGGUUUUGACAAUACUCAUGACACGGUGGAGAAAUCAAGUGCCUGGAAACCUGUGGAAGCUGGAGAUCCGAAGCUAAGAGUACUCGAUGUGGAACCGAAGAAUGAAGGGUUUCGAGAAAUGGAGCAAUGCAUGGUGCUCGACUAUCCGCUGAACUACUAUUCGCAGUAA